GCUUCAUCUUUGCGUGCUUUAAGGUCAGCGGCCUUUUAAAGGAAAACAACGCGCAAAGUCGGAACCUGAAGAGCAGCAAAUGCAAGAUCCAGGCUGGUGGAGGAACGGAUCCCAGCUGUGGGAUUUGCAACAGGGAAGCAGAGGUCGCCCGAGGGAAGCCGUGCGGAGUUGCGGUGACUGUAAGCCAGUGCCACACGCAUCGACAGAUGGCAGUGUUGUGGAUUCAUCCUCCUUCUGCCCGACUCUUAAGAACCGGAUUUUUUGCACACACGGGAACUCUAGUCACCGAUUAGUGUCGCAAGAUUUUCUGCGUUUUUCUCACUUUACGGAAGAAGUUUGCACUAAUGAACCCUUUACUUCUCUCUGUCUGCCUGUUUCUGGAACAAUAAAUGAGGAUGUUUGUAAAAAAAAUGUCAACGAAGGACUUAAACGUUUCGCUGUCCAGCACAGCCCUCGGAAGUUCAAGGCAAAAUACUUUAUUUCUUUCAGCUGUGAGAAUAGAUGUUGCAGUGUAAAAAAAAAGCGUUUGAACAGAAAGAUGAUUCCGGACUGACGCAGGGAACCAAUUGGAAGAUCAAGCCCUCCUCCCUGUGGCUCCCUGUGGUACAGUCUUGGCUAACCCGCUAUUUAAACGGUGGCUUUGCAACACUCAACACAAAAAGCAACCAGUUUUUCCACGGUGUACGGUCGCGUUCAAGAGAGCAGACCCCAAUCCAUCUUCUCUCAACUAUUGCAAAGUUUUUCUUUCCCCCUUCGACUUUCUGAGUUGCUCUUCACACCCCCUUCUCUCUCUGUCUCUCCCCAUCACAUACACUGAGCAAAGCACUGAGCUGCUCCCAAAAAGAUGCGGUCUGUUUCAACCGGUCGAGCUAUCUUAUACGCGGCGUGGGUUUCCCUCGUCCUUGGCAGCACGGUGGAUGUGAGCGUCCUGGUGCUCCUGCCGGUGGAGAACUCCUACCUCUUCUCCAUGAACAGAAUCAAACCUGCCAUCGACUACGCUAUCCAGAACCUGGCUCAGCCCAAGCUCAACUUCAACGUGCGGUACUUGGACUCUGAAUGUGGCAACAAGGCUCUCUUUCAGCUGGUCGACAUGAGCUUGCUGCAGAAACCCGAUGUCAUCAUGGGUCCCGUGUGCGACUACGCGGCGGCGCCGGUCGCAAGGCUGGCUUCCCACUGGAACAUCCCGAUGGUCUCAGCCGGACCCCUGGCAUCUGGCUUCACCCACAAAGUCCCCGAAUACUCGCACCUCACGCGGGUCUCCCCGUCCUACUCCAAGAUGGGCGAUAUGUUUCUGGCCAUGUUCCAGCGCUACAGGUGGAAGCGGGUGUCCCUGGUGUACGCGGAAGAUUUCGAGGAGAGAACCUGCUUCUUCACAGUGGAAGGGGUCCACGUCGCCUUCGUCGAUGCGGACUAUCACAUGCACUCCAUCAGUGUCUUUGACGAGGACGAUCAGUUUGACCACACCUUGCAGGAAAUCCGCAACCAUGCCAGGAUUGUGAUUAUGUGUGCAAGUAGUCACACCAUCCGGAAAAUCAUGCUGGCAGCACAUCGCCAGGGUAUGACCAAUGGAGACUACGUAUUCUUCAACAUUGAACUCUUCAACAGCAGCCUUUACGGUAAUGGCUCGUGGAAGCAAGGAGAUAAAUUUGAUCUUGAAGCCAAACGAGCCUACCAGUCACUGCAGACUGUGACUCUAUUGAGGACGGCAAAGCCCGAGUUUCACAAGUUUGCUGCUGAUAUGAAAAAUAGAUCACGCCACCAGUAUGAGUUGAUAUCCGAAGAUGAUAAUGUAAACAUGUUUGUUGAGGGGUUCCAUGAUGCCAUUGUUCUUUAUGCCAAAGCACUUCAAGACUGUCUGAAGCGGGGUUAUAGUAAAACCAAUGGAUCACUGAUUGUAGAGAAGAUGUGGAAUACAACCUUCGAAGGCAUAGCAGGCCAGGUGUCAAUUGACGCCAAUGGAGACAGAUAUGGAGAUUUCUCUGUCAUAGCAAUGACUGACCCUGCGACUGGCACACAGGAGGUUAUUGCUGACUACCAUGGGUUAAAUGCAACCUUUGAACUGAGGCCAAAUGUCAGACUUCCCUGGGCAAAUGGAAUGCCACCUCCGGAUGAACCAAGCUGUGGUUUUUCCAAGGACAACACUGCCACCUGUAAAUCAUGUGGGCUUGGAGAGUCUGCAGUCACGGGUAUUGUAGUCGGCUCACUGUUGGGAUGUUCACUGCUGCUCGCAUUUUACUUGUUCAGGAAGAAAUACAGGAUAACUGUUGAGAGACGAGCCCCAGUGCACGAAGCUGACAAUGGUCCCCACUGCUGCCACCCACUGCUAUGCUUCUUCCUUCAGCUGAGAGCACGGGAUGAUCUGGGUCACAAUCUACUCCAUUGUCACCAUUAAUGCCACACUAUAAAUGGUCAACAGGAGGUGCACGCCUGCAGGACAGGACUGGUCCUGCCAGUACCUCCUCGAGCAGAGAUGGAAUGUACUAUUGCUUCCAGGCCUUGGCCUACUCAAACGCCCACUGAUGUAUAACUUUCAUUGUUUUAUUUUCAUGUAGAAUGUGAAUAUUUUUUUAGAAGAGAAGUUUAACUUCUCCCCUGCAUCAACAUAUUUGCUGCGGCUUCCUACAUUACAGAACAUCUUACCUUCAAUGUAAAAGGUGGCCUCCAUUAGUGGCAACAUAAAUAUUACACACAAUAUCAGAAUGAACAAAGCAUACGAACAACGUCAGAAGCUUUAAUGAACAUGUAUCUUUGGUUCAUUUUCUUUCCAAAAAAAUAUUUUAUUAAUGACCUAGCUCUAGUCUUCCAGCAGGAAUGGGUGUCCGCUAAUUGCAGACAGGAAUUUUGGUAAAAGUUAAAAGUACUGAUAUUUCUACAACUUAAUUCCCAUUUCUUUAAUAAAUUAGUUAACUAAAGACUUAUUUGUAAAGCAACCUUUGGUCAGUGGUGCAGAAUGCACAAUCUAUCAAUAAACCCAGACUGCUGAUACAUCACUGACAUCGUAAUUACAUAAAUAAAUUAUUAAAAUGAAUUAAUUAACUUAAAUAUAUGCUGAAGGCUCCACAUAAAAUUUCUUGAAGCAGUACCAACAACAAUAAUAAUUUUCAUUCAUUGCACAUCAUUAAUAUAUCAUAACAGAAAGAUGUUUACAAAUGUGAUGGUGAAACAACCAUAAUGGUUAAGAUAUGGUUUCUCGGGAGUGCUCAGUAAAUGUUUACAUUUAUAUUGGACAGUUGGAGGGAGACCUGAGAGGAAAGCAUUUGAAACCAAUUUUGAACCAUUGAAUCUAGAGACAGCAAAUGCUUGACUGAAGGCAACAGCAACAGGUACUCUAUCGAAGAUAGACACAAAAAGCUGGAGUAACUCAGUGAGUCAGACAGCAUCUUUGUAGAAAAAUAAUAGGCCCUUUUCUCCAGGUGCCACCUGUCCCGCUGAGUUACUCCAGCAUUUUGUGUAUAUCUUCGGUGUAAAUCAGAAUCUGCAGUUCCUUCCUACACAGGUGCUCUUAACGAAUAGGAUGCAGGUGAUCGUGAUGAUAGUGAGGGCUGGACAUCAUAGGUCAGGAGAGCCACAGGCACCAAAAUUGAGAACAAUGCUGUUAGUUUCAGUUAGUCAGGAGGAAAAAAGGAUAAAAAUACAGAAUGUACAGUAAGGAGAAGGAGUAAGUCAUAUUCCUGCCUGCUCGAUCACUCAACAAAAUAGUGAUUAACCUGGACCAUGACAUCACUUUCUUCCUUGAUACCCAUAUCCUUGAUUUCCCUCCAGUCAAAAAUCUUCCAUUGGAUAGGGUUUUGUGAUAGGGUACUCUGAGGACAGGGUCCCCCCCCCCCCCCCCCCCCCCUCCUCCUCCAAGUCUUGGAGAAUGUUUCUGACUGAUGAACACUGGAUAUGUUAUGCCACCAGCCUGACGAUUUGGAGGCAGAUCAAAUUUCAAGACAGGUGGUGAAGUAGAACUGGGAAUGGUCAGGGUAUACAUGGAGCUGUUAACGUCAUCUCAAUGAAAUUGCUGGGAGAUUGGAUGUAAUAGUCUUGGGGUAAGUCUUCUGUUCUAACUACUUCCUGUUCCUUUAAUGUUUUACAUUAAUUUUGGAAAUCUCCUAAAUAUGAUUGCUUCUCUUUAAUUAACUCUGGGGAUGGGGUGACUCACUGGCUCCAUCUAAUUUAUCUUUAUUCUUUCAAACUGUGUCCUAAUAACCAAUUUUGUUAGUCCUUGCUGUCUCCUCCCCUUCCUCAGUCCCCCUGCUGUCUCCUCCCAUCCCCCAGCCUUCGGGCUCCUCCUUUUUCCAUUCUUGUCCCCGCCCACCCCCGCCCCCGAUCAGUCUGAAGAAGGGCUUCGGCCCGAAACGUUGCCUAUUUCCUUCGCUCCAUAGAUGCUGCUGCACCCGCUGAGUUUCUCCAGCUUUUUUGUGUAACCUCCUAAUAACCAUACAGUUUACCAAAAAGAAAGUCCUAUGUGUGAAUGAAGAGCUGUGAUUCAUAUAUAUUUUGGCCAGAAUUAUUAAAUGCCCUUUCGUUCCCCUUCUCUCCCUCCCUCAUGCUUGCUCCAAUCUCAUUUUGUGAAUAAGACCCACCUCCUUCCCCUCAGCACUAUUUCCAUUAAACUGGUCCUCCCCCAACUUUUCCUUUGAGUUUCAACUAAUAUUUUUAACACAGUGUGUCAGACAGUAUCUCUGGAGAAAGGGAAUAGGUGAUUUUUUUUGGGUCAAGAAGAAGGGACUCAACCCGAAACGUCACCUAUUCCUUUUCUCUAGAGAUACCAUCUGACCCGCUGAGUUACUCCAGCAUUUUGCGUCUAUCUUCAGUUUCAAGCAGAAUCUGCAGUUCCUUCCUACUUAAUUUUAAUAGUUCUUCUCAUGUAAUGUCCCCACCACCACAAAAAAUCUGCCUUCAGUUUUUGACUGUAAUUGUCCCAAUUUGGCACAUGUACCUGUCUUGGUACAAACUCUUGAAUUUUGCUCAGUCAUUAUGCUAGGGAUGCUAUAUAAAUGCAUGUUGCUUUUCAAAUGAUUAGAUACUUGAAACUUAGAGUAUAACUCAGAGCACCAAACACCAACCUAGUUACAGAGUUUAAAACAAGGAUUGAAAAAGCUGAUGGCAACUGACUGUACUCGUAUUGAACUAGCACUCUGAUAGUCUAUCUAGGGAGAUAAUGGUUCUAAAUUGUUCUGCUGUGAAUGCCCCUUAUAAAAUCUAGCCCAUCCAGAAAAUAUGCAUGUUGUGUUUUGGUGCCAGUGAACAUGAUGGCAGGUAACACAUUUGAGGAACACAUUCUUUGGUUUCAUCCAGAAGUUUGGCUUCUUCUAAUCAAACUCCUCGGGAUGUUUAUCCUCUUUGACUGAAGUAUUUCUAUUAUGGUCUACUGUUAGAUUAGUUGAAUGGGACCAUGACUAGGAUUUGGGAUAAGAUUUCCAACUGAUAUUCUAGUUGGUGGAAGUUUGGCACAAUUCCACCAUCAGAGUGGUACUGUGGAAUUUCUUACAUAGAUAUUCAUAAAUGUAAGGAUUUUUAGAUCAAAGACAUGCAGUCCAACAAGCUGAUACCUUGGCUCAAAAACAUGAAUAGCAUCAAGACUUGGGUAAUUAAAGCUCAUAAUAUUUUUGAUUUUUGUCAUUUUGCAAAUAUAUUAAGGGAAUGUCAAUAAUUUGAAUUUGUCCUGUGUGUACUGAUGAAAGCUCGGAUGGAUAUUUUUUAUAAAAUCACUUUAGAAAAAUCUGCAAAUGAAAUAUCUGAAGAUAUAAAUAGCAAUGUGUACCUGUGUGGGUUUGAUUUUUGAUUUUCAAAAAUAAAAGACAUCCAUGCAAUAUAUUUUUUUCCGAACAUUAGAAAUAAAUAAGCUUAUACUUUGGGGCGAUCACAUGAAUAACAGUUGAUUCAAUGUGUGAUUUGUAACACUUCAAAAAUGCGCUUAUCAUCAUGCCAGGAUAUUAAAGUAGCAUUUGGGAAGUGGUUUAGUAGUACUUUCUCAAGGGCAUUUGAGUAUUACCAAUACAUAUUGCCAUUACAAGCUGUGGUCAAAUCCCACAAAAUAAUAAAAAAUGACAAAUAUCAGGAAAACUUUCCUACUUGUGUUAUGAUCCAGAAGGCCGGCUCUGAAAUUAUUUGUUGCAUUUAUAUCUUAGACCUUAGUAAUCAAUAUUUUAAUGAUAGCAGCAACCUAACAGAACAAUCUUCUUGGAAAUGCUGUAAAUGAUCAAACUCAAGUUUAUUUCAGAAAAAUCUUUUUGGACUUCAGAACUGUAUUUUCUCAUUAAUGUAUCCAUUAAAUAAUAAAGAAUGCCCUUAAACAUGU